UGCCACGUCAGCAACAGGGCCACGUCAGCAGUGCCACGUCACAGUGCCACAUCAGCAGUGCCACGUCAACAGUGCCCCGCCACCAUGACGGGCGCAGCUCUGGGCAUGCCAGGCCAACUGGCCAACGAGUCUAUUGCCGACUACAAACAGCGGUUCCAGACUCAGCUCGUACUAAUCGAGGCUGAGGAACAGCGCCAGCUGGCAGCCGAGGCUGCCCGCCUACAGGCUGAAGCAGCGGCAGCAGCUGAGAAGCAGUGGCUCCAAUUCGAAGCUGAAGCAGAUACCCAGGCACGCCGCAAGGAAGCCCAGGAUCUGCAGCAGCGGCACGAAGCCGCCAGCAUCGAAAGACAAUCCGAGUUCGAGAGACAGAACCAGGAACUGCAGCAACAGUACCAGGAUCUGAAGAAACAGCACCAGGAGUUGGCGAACCUCCGCCGGACAGUGCAGAGCCACGAGGAUGCUACACGGGCACUGAAUUCCCGUGUAGUGGACCUGGAGCAAGCUGCACCAGGACCAGAUGUUGGUGAGGCGACUCCACCUCCCACUCUGCCAGAUUCGGCCGCCUUGCUAGCGGCCUCCUACACAUCUGGGGAGGAUGCGAAUGUCUUAAGUUCUCGAUAUGCUUAUGAGGACUAUGCUGUCCACUUGGUCCCACCGCUGGACCAACCGCUCCACGUACAACAAUCUACCGCAUGCACGGUUUCAUCACCAUCGACAACCGAUUCGGCAGCUUCGCCGCCAUCUACCGUCGGGGAUUCGACGUCAUGGUCAAGACUUGAAGAGCUCGACGCGUUGACAUUUGCGGACUUCCAAUGGAUGCCCCUUCCCCGGUCCGGUCGAUUGCCGAAACCGCAGUGCAACGUGCUCAAGGCACAAUUGCGAGAUUACUUGCACACUGCAGUACCGACUCCGUUGAUGGACGCCGGAGUAGAGGUUGUCGACCUUCACGCCUACAUUGCAAAGAUCGACCGCGAGUUCAAGACGCAACGGUACGACGACAUCGACGCACCAUUGUUAUAUGUACGCAUUCAGAUCGGAGAGGCGACCUGCAGCGCUUUGAUCGAUUGCGGAGCAUCUCGCAACUACAUGAGCCAGGACUUCAUGAUUCGGAAGGAGGACCGCUACAAGACCGCGUUUAAGACGCUAUAUGGGCAUUUCGAAUGGUUGGUUAUGCCAUUUGGCCUUACGAAUGCCCUGGCCACUUUCCAAGCGGCUAUGACAACGGAGUUCCGACACAUGCUGGAUCGUUUCGUAUUUAUCUACCUCGACGACAUCCUGGUGUACAGUCGGAGUUUGGAUGAGCAUGUGGAACACCUGCGCACCGUUUUGGAGUGGCUACGACAAGCCAAGUACAAAGCCAACCGCGACAAAUGCGAAUUCGCGCGGCAGGAGCUGGAGUACUUGGGAUAUUAUGUGACGCUGCAAGGCAUCCGUCCGCUUGCGGCCAAGAUCGAGGCCCUCCGCUUAUGGCCCGAGCCCACCAACAGCACGGACGUUCGUUCAUUCAUGGGGUUGGCGGGCUACUAUCAGCGAUUCAUCAUUGGAUACUCAAGGAUUGCUGCACCUAUGAUGAGAUUACAAUCGCCAAAGGUGCCAUUCGUAUUCGAUGACGACGCACGCCGGUCAUUCCAAGCACUCAAGACGGCCAUGCGCAUGGCACCCGUCCUUAGCAUCUAUGACCCCACCCUGCCAACGAGAGUGACUACCGACACUUCUGGCUAUGGCAUUGGGGCAGUCUUGGAACAGCACGACGGCGACGACUGGCACCCUGUGGAGUAUUUCAGCCACAAAGUGCCUCCCAUCAACUCGCUUGAUGAUGCAAGGAAGCAGGAGCUGCUCGCGUUCGUGAUGGCUCUCAAGCGAUGGCGGCACUUCCUCCUUGGGCGUCGUAGGUUCACAUGGGUUACGGACAACAACCCACUGACUUACUACAAGACGCAGGAUACGGUGAGCAGCACGAUCGGACGAUGGAUGUACUUCAUCGACCAAUUUGACUUCACACCGAAACAUCUUCCCGGCCUCUCCAAUCGCGCAGCAGAUGCACUCUCGCGAAGACCUGAUCUUUGCGCUAUGACACAUCAUGCCUUCGCAUUCGACGAGGAGCUCCAAUGACACUUCAUCAGGGGCUAUGAGUCCGAUCCCGACUUCGCCACGCUAUAUGCGCAGCUAUCUUCGGAUCACCCGCCGGCAAGCCACUAUCGCAUCG